AACACAACAACACACCAAGCACAGACAACCGAACAACAAAAGACGAUAAAAGUGCCGAAGACAAUACGUCCAGUGACCCACGAAAUGAGUCGUCCAGGGCAUGUGUGGGCUCCUGAGGGUUCCACAGCCUUCAAGUGCCUGGUCUCGGCUCGCUUCUGUGCGGGGUUACUCAGUAACAUCUCUGACUGUGAUGAAACCUACAAUUACUGGGAACCAACUCACUACCUGCUGUACAGAACAGGGAUGCAGACAUGGGAGUAUUCUCCAGCCUACGCUAUUCCUUCCUACGCAUAUCUGUGGCUCCAUACCCUUCCUGCCUGCUUUCCUGCCAAAAUAUUACAAACCAACAAGGUCCUUGUGUUUUACUUCCUGUGUGGCAUGCUAGCGUUUACAUGUUGUGUGUGUGAGCUCUACUUCUACAACCUUCCUCCCCAGUACCUUUUGUAUGUACAGCACCGUGGUAGCCAUGACUGGCUGGUUCCAGGGGCGCCCCAGUCUGGCUGUUUUGGGUAUUGCAGCUGGAGCCAUAUUGGGCUGGCCCUUCAGUGUCCAGCUGGGCACACCCAUUGCCUUUGACCUACUGUCUGUUACUGAAGAAGAAGUGGAAGAGUUUCAUCACAUGGACUCUGGUGGCACUGCUGCUCUU